CGGUACUUGGUUGCAUUCAGGGGAAAAUGCGACUCAUCAACCACAUUUAUUAAAGCGAGACUUUUAUCUUAUUUUAACCUUUUAGUUUCUGUUGCAACAGCAACUUCUUUGUUGUCAACCUAGCUUCAGUUUGAGCAACAUUUACCAUCUGAGGAGACUUUUAUUGUUGUCUGUUCUCCACCAGAGCAACAUUAGCUGGUGGGAGGAAGCAGAAACCGUGAAGUAUUUAGAUAUAAAUCAUAUAAAUCAUAUCUCGACUUUGUUUUCUUGUUACCUGCACCAACAUGGCUGCUAAUCCUCCAGGACAAGCGUUCCCUAACAAGGCUCGUCUGGCGAUCCUGGCCGAGGUGGAGAAGGAGAGGAGAAGACUGAUGACGACUCCUGGAGCCAGCAUCUCUCUGUCCAGACCGAGUCUGAAGGAGUUCAGGGACAACGCGGAGCAGCAGCACAUCGCUGCCCAGCAGAAAGCUGCUCUGCAGCACGCACACACACACUCAACAGGCUUCUUCAUCACUCAGGACUCGUCGUUCGGGAACCUCAUCCUCCCCGUCCUGCCCCGCCUGGAGCCGGAGUCGUGACCUUUGACCUCUCGUUCUCCUGCUGACGAACAAGUUUCUCCUUUACGUCGUGAUUAACGGACGCUUGUUUGUUUCGUUGUGAACGAUCUCAGGAGAGAAACACAAAUCUGUCAUUCUGACAUUUACCAGACGAAGAAGUUGAAUUUAGGAAAGAUGAAGAAGUUUAAACAUCCUGGAAAACAAACAAACUCCAGAGAAACGUUCCUCUCUGCUGCCUUCCACCACACCGAUCCAUUAAUGUUUCAGGGUUUUUACUGUUGAACGGGUUUGUAUCGUUGUUUGGAUAAUAAAGUUGUUACAUUAAA